UCUUGAAAUGAAGUCGUUGGUUGAGGAGGAACAGAAGAUCUACGACGAAAUUCAGAGAGGUUUUUUGUUAUAGACUUUCUUUGACAUCGCUGAAAAGAGAGGAAGAUGAUGGAACCUUGUCACCAUUAUUAUUAGACUCCGAUGAGAAUAACUUGAUUAGAUUAGGGUUUUGGAUGGAAAUCUUGAUCUUAGUUGCAGAGCCAUUGAAGGAAAGGGAGAAGAAAUGGAUGAAUCAAAUCUAAAACCCUAGUUCCAUCCACUUUCUUCACUUUAAAAGUCAGGACAAACCAACCCGUUGGGGUUGAAACUUGAUUAUCGAGUGGAGGCCCAUGAACGGCCCAUCAUUAUCUGCACAUAACCCGUCCCAUAUCCAGACACAAGUGCUCCUUAACAACUUUCCGAUGAUAACAAGUAGAAGAAGAAAGGAGGAACAUAUCUGAAUCAUGGCUUCUUCUUCUUCUUGUUUCAGUGGAAGUUCAAUUUCUUCUGCAUAUCAUCAUCAUCGUGAAAGACCCCCAUAUAUGAAACCAAAAUUUAUCCAAUCCCGACCCAUUUCAAAUCAAAAUGACCCAUAUUCUUCUUUAACAUCCAUUACUACUACUUGUACAGAAAAAAACAGCAGAAAUGUGAGAGGGGAAAGAGAUAGAGAUAGAGAGAAUCUAGAGAGAGAAUCUAGAGAAAGAAAAGAAGAAGUGAAUAAUAAGAUAGCUUCUAAAAAAGCUAUAUCUGUAAUACUGAGAAGAGAAGCAACUAAAGCUAUAAUUGAAAAGAAAAAAGGUCCCACCAAUUCUAAGAAACUCUUACCUAGAACUCUUCUUGAAGCUCUUCAUGAAAGAAUCUCUGCCUUGCGUUGGGAAUCUGCCCUCAAGGUAUUUGAGCUACUGCAAGAGCAGCUAUGGUACCGCCCUAAUCCUGGUAUAUACAUAAAGCUCAUAGUCAUGCUUGGUAAAUGCAAGCAACCCGACAAGGCCCAAGAGCUUUUUCAGUCUAUGAUUGAUGAAGGUUGUAUGGCGAAUCAUGAGUCAUACACGGCACUAGUUUCAGCCUACAGUAGGACUGGCCUCUUGGAUCAAGCCUUUUCUCACCUCGAACAAAUGAAGGUUACACCUGGUUGUAAGCCCGACGUUUUCACUUACUCCAUUCUCAUAAAAUCUUGUCUGCAAGUCUUUGCUUUUGACCAUGUGCAAACUCUGCUCUCUGACAUGGCAGAACAAGGUGUCAAGCCCAAUACCAUCACAUACAACACCCUCAUCGAUGCCUAUGGGAAAGCAGGCAGGUUUGGAGAGAUGGAAUCUACACUCAUGGAAAUGCUUCUGGAGCAAGAGUGUCAACCUGAUGUUUGGACCAUGAACUCGACUCUUAGAGCUUUUGGUGGUAGUGGGCAGAUUGAGACAAUGGAGAGAUGCUAUGAGAAGUUCCAGAGCGCAGGUAUCCGUCCCAGCAUUAAAACUUUCAACAUACUCCUGGAUUCAUAUGGAAAGGCUGGUAGUUAUGAAAAGAUGAGUGCAGUGAUGGAGUAUAUGCAAAAAUACUACUUCUCGUGGACAAUUGUAACCUACAAUGUGGUAAUAGACGCAUUUGGGAGAGCUGGAGACCUAAAACAGAUGGAAUACUUGUUCAGGCUAAUGAGAUCUGAACGGAUUAAACCGAACUGUGUCACGCUCUGCUCACUUGUUAGAUCAUACGGAAGAGCAGGAGCGAAGGAAAAGAUUGAAGGUGUUUUAAGGUUCAUUGAGAACUCAGAUAUAUUGCUGGAUACUGUGUUUUUUAACUGUUUGGUUGAUGCCUAUGGAAGGUUAGGCUGUUUAGCUGAGAUGAGACAUGUGUUGGAAAUGAUGGAAAAGAGUGGCUGCAAACCUGGUAAAGUUACAUACAGCACCAUGAUCAAAGCUUAUACCAGUAACGGUGUAAGUAGUCGUGCGAAAGAGCUUCGAGAUAUCAUCGGCAGACAAUAUGUGAAUAGACGUGACAGUAAACUAUCACAGAUCGACGAGCCUCAUUUUCAUUAACAUAUGUAAUUUAAAAGUGUAUAAUGUAUUGUACUCCCUCCAUUGCAGGAAAAAAGAAAAAUCCUAUUUACACAAUUUUUAAGGCAGUAAUUUUUAGUAAUUUAUUUAUGCC